AAUUUUCUCCAUGAAUAAUCUGCGUGGAACGCGGACGGUGAACAGGAAAGGUUACGAAAAUGUCUUCUCCGUCCCGCCCAAAAUCUCCACACGGAGUUGCUCAAAAGAAAGACGACAAGGAAGAAAGUUUUUGGGAUAAAAUCGGAACUCUUGGAAGAAAAAAGAAGAUCAAGGAAGUACAAGAAGUUCAAGAAGAAGGGAAAAAUGCCAUUGAUUCACCAGGCAACCCCAUGGCACCUUCCCUGCCACCUGAAGAAUAUGCACUUGAGGAAAAUGAAGAAAGGUCUAUGGUGGAACCCAAAUCUAUGGAGGAUAUUAAACUGAAAGCCUUAAUUGCUGUUCUUGUUGAUUGGAUCAAUGAUGAACUUGCUGAACACAGGAUGAUUGUUCAAAAUGUCGAUGAAGAUCUCUAUGAUGGACAAGUACUCCAGAAACUGCUAGAAAAACUUACUGGCCAAAAGUUAGAUGUUCCUGAAGUGACACAGUCUGAAGAGAAUCAAAAGCAAAAGCUUAGAACUGUUCUUGCUUAUGCAAAUAGAGUUUUAGGCCUAGGUCGAACAUCACCUGCCCGAUGGAGCGUAGAAAGUAUUCACUCUAAGACAUUAGUAUCCAUACUUCAUCUACUGGUAUCAUUAGCUCGUCAGUUUCGAGCUCCCAUCCGGUUGCCCGAAAACGUUGUUGUGAACGUGGUUGUGGUUACCAAAAAAGAUGGGGUCCUUAGCCAUCGUAUUGUGGCUGAGGAAAUAACAUCCACUUAUGACGACCUUGGUGUGCGAUGUGAGAGAGAUGCAUUUGACACUCUAUUUGAUCACGCUCCUGAUAAACUACAGGUUGUGAAGAAAUCGUUGGUGACCUUUGUCAACAAACAACUUAAUAAAAUCCAUCUUGAGGUUACGGAUUUAGACACCCAGUUUCAUGAUGGCGUUUUUCUUACAUUGCUGAUGGGAAUGUUAGAAGGGUAUUUUGUACCUCUUCAUGAGUUCUUUUUAACGCCUAAAGAUUUCGAUCAAAAAGUUCAUAAUGUGGCCUUCGCGUUUGAACUAAUGCAAGAUUCAGGUCUACCCAAACCUAAGGCUCGCCCCGAAGACAUCGUAAACCUGGAUCUGAAAUCAACCUUGCGUGUUCUAUACAAUCUGUUCACUAAAUACAAGCAUGUCAACUAGUAAUAACUUAAUUUUUUAGAGAAACGUACACAAACUUGCUCUAAAGUUUCUUCUGACGCCAUAUGACUGAUAUAAAUGCUGCAAUAUCUAAAGCUGAAAAAUCCUUGAUAACUGUUUUUACAUUGAAAUAAUGUCUUGAAAAUAACAUAGUUUAAAAUAUUUCCUUUUUCACGCACAUUUUAAAAUGAAAUUAUGCUUUCCAUUGUUAAUAAACCAUCUUUCCAAAUA